CUCCUCAACCAUCGCGCGCCGUGAUGGCCUCCAUCUUCCAGGCAUUCCCACAGCUGCGGACCGCUGCGCCGCGACUCACCCGCCGUCUUUUCGUGUGCCGGCCGUGCCUCAAUUCGCCCAUCCGCGCCGCCAGUCCUGCUCGAUCGUCCGCCCCCCGUCCCUCCGUCCUGCAAUCGGUGAGAUGGAAAUCGACCCAGCCUCUGCGGAGUAGCGCGACUGCCUCGGCGACAAAUGUGGAAGGCUCGAUGCUAGCGGAGGCCGCUGCGAAGAGCGGAGGCAAGUCCAGCAGCUGGCCAAACACAAGCUCCAAAGGAAUCGCGUACUGGCUUCUAGGGAGCGCAGCCAGCGUCUUUGGCAUUGUGAUAUUCGGAGGCUUAACAAGACUAACAGAGUCUGGCCUGAGCAUCACCGAGUGGCGCCCCGUCACCGGCUCGCUCCCGCCCAUGAACCAGGAAGAGUGGGAGCGCGAGUUCACCAAAUACAAAGCCUCCCCGGAGUUCGCCCAGCUCAACUCGAGCAUGACGCUUCCCGAGUUCAAGCAGAUCUACUGGAUGGAGUGGACACACCGCCUGUGGGGCAGAGUGAUUGGCGUCACCUUCCUCCUCCCGACCGUCUACUUCAUCGCCCGGCGCAGAGUGACCCCCUCAAUGGCAUGGAAACUUACUGGCAUAUGCGGCAUGAUCGGAUUCCAGGGCUUCAUCGGCUGGUGGAUGGUUGCAAGCGGCUUGAAGGACGACCUCUUCGCGCCCGGGAGCCAUCCUCGCGUCAGCCAAUACCGCUUGACUGCCCAUCUCGGGGCUGCGUUUGCCGUCUACUGCUCCAUGCUACUCACGGGCCUUGGUAUCCUCAAGGAGCACCGCAUGCUUGCUGAUCCUGCCAAAGCCGCUGAAAAGAUCAGCGCCCUCAAACAUCCUGCUCUGCGUAUCUUCCGAGGCUCCGUCGCCGCUCUUGCCGUCCUUGUUUUCACCACUGCCAUGUCCGGAGCCCUGGUCGCAGGCCUGGAUGCCGGCCUCAUCUACAACGAAUUCCCGUACAUGGGGAUUGGCCUUACCCCGCCCAAGAAGGAGCUGUUCGAUCCCUUCUACAGCCACGUGCCAGACCAGUCCGAUUUGUGGUGGCGUAACAUGCUCGAGAACCCUUCGCUAGUGCAGCUUGACCACCGUAUCCUCGCUACCACCACAUUCACCGCUGUCUUGGCCUUCUUUGCCUACACCCGCUUCUCUGGUGCUGUCCGCAACAAGAUCCCCCGAGACGCUAAGAAGGGUGUCAUGGGCAUGGUCCAUCUGGUCUGGAUGCAAGCCGCGCUCGGUAUCAGCACUCUGAUCUACAUGGUUCCCACUUGGCUGGCUGCCGCACAUCAAGCUGGAGCUCUUGCGCUUCUCACCGGUGCCGUGGUUCUCUACAGCAGGAUAUCGAUGCCUCGCCGGGCCAUCAUGCGCCAGAUCCUCAAAACCCACGCCCCGCGGAGUCCCACUACGCCACCUCUACGAACGCGAAUCGAGUCUGCGAACGCUGAGCAGAAGAAGUUGUAAUAGUGCAACUGUAUGAGUUAGAUCAUUGCCCUCACACGGCACAUGUACAAAUUAUCGCGGUUUGGCGUCCAUCCGAACAAUUGUAUAAUAUAUGUAGGUCUAUCAUGGCUCCAUCUUGGAAUCGGAAAGUUCUUCUCAAUUCCAUUUCCCUCGCCCAAUAUCAUAG